AACUCCCGAGACGUCGACUUCUGUCAGCCUUCACUUCGCUUCCAUUUUCCCGCGCUCCGGUUGCUCCUCUAUUGGCUGCCGUCACCCUGUCAAAUCUGGAGGCACAAAGCACAGAGGCAUACAUGUCCUCUUUACAGCACGGCGAACUUGGCCGAUGCGAUCAGUUUCUAGAAAGUUACGUGUGACUGUGAGGGCCUAUUAUUGUCGAGCCUCUCGUCUCAGCCUUGUCGGCCGAAGGAUAUGCGCAGGGUUAGGAUUGAGUCGCUAAGACUGCUGAAUUUGACGCUAAUUCGUACUGGCUGACGCUAUUUUUGACUGGUCGCGACGUCCGAAGAGAAACCGUUUGACUAAGUCAGACGAUAAUCCGACCGUUAGAACGGCGAUGGAUGGAGGCCGAAGUGGCUUGAGGGGAAAGAGCGGCGCGACGAAGAAAGGCGGGAAGAAGAAAGUGACUAAGCAGCUGGAGGGAGUGAUGAAAGCGGUGGUUCGUGAAGGGUCGGGAGUUUUGGUGGAGGAAGGACACCAGGUGGUUUUUCACUGCACCACGCGCACAGCCUCAGGCCACAUAUGUGACUCCACCCGAGCCGAACAUGGAGGGCCGGGCAGGCCACGUCGAGUGGUGGUGGGGGAGAGUCGGCUGGUGGCAGCAGUGGAGCACGGGCUGUGCACCAUGCGAGAGGGCGAGGUGGCAAUGUUCAAGGUGGAACCGUCAGCCCACUACGGCGACCCCGCCUGCCCAGUAAAGCCUCCCCCAGGCGUGCCUGCAGGCGAGGAGCUGCAGCUGGAGGUGGAGGUGGUAUCUGCGGCGGCUGUGAGGGUGCUGGCAGGGAAGCGAGAGAAGGAGGAGCCUGCUGCUGACGGCACAGGGGAGGAGGGGAAGAAGGAGUCGGGAGCAGAGGCGGAGGAUGUGUGCGGGUAUGCGGAGGACGAGUGUUUCAUUACGAAGCAGACCAUUGAAGAGGGACGAGGGUGGGAGCAGCCAAGGCCGCCUUAUGAGGUCAAGAUUCGGCUAGAAGCUCGUCCCCUUGGCUCCUCAACGCCAUUCUAUGCUGCGGGCACAGGCUCCUCCCCUCCCCUCCACCUCGCGCUUGGCGCAGCUCGGCUCCCCCCAGCCCUGGAUCUGGCGCUCUCUCACAUGCUAGCAGGGGAAAAGGCAGUCGUCUUUGCCUCCUCCCCCCACACCAUCCCUCCUUCCCCCGACGCUCCCCUUCCUCCCGCACCUAUGGCCACCGCACCUGCUCUGGAUACUACCGAGCCUGAGCCUGCGGUUACCAAGCCUGAGGCUGGGACUGCAGAGGCUGGGAGGGUGGGGUUGGCUGUGCCGGUUGUUACGGUGCCAGCACCGCCAGAAGGGGUGGUGGAUGUGGAAUACCAUGUGGAGCUGGUGAAGAUCACCCAGGUGCGGGACGUGCUGGGGAACGGAUGCGUCAUCAAGCGACGGCUGCAAGACGGGACAGGCGACUUCCCCAUCGACUGCCCGCUGCAGGACAGUGUGGUGCACAUCCACGUGCGGGGCACUCUGCCGGACCAGGGGGGGAGAGAGUUUAUGGACACACGCAAAGAGGGCGAGGGCGAGGGGCAACCGCUGCAAGUCGGCACUGGGGAGGGCAGGCUCCCUGAGGCUCUGGAGGCCAGCAUUCGCCUCAUGCUGCCGGGGGAAGUGGCACUUGUGUCGAGCACCGCACAAUAUGCCUAUGAAUCUUUCCCCAGGCCUGAGGGGGUGCCAGAGGGCGCACGAGUGCAGUGGGAAGUGGAGCUGUUUGGCUUCGAGGCGCCCAAGAAUAGGAACUCCGGGCUGGGAGGGGGGGGGUGUCAUUCGACGAGAUCCUGGCUGAAUUCGACCACACCAAGGCAGCUGGGGAACACUCUUUACAAGGAGAAAAAGUACACUCAUGCAUGCAGCAAGUAUGAGCGGCUGCUGCGGGAGAUGAGGCACGUGCAUCCCAAGGAGGGCGAGGAGGCGAAGCAGUUCAACGCAGUGCAGGUGGCUCUGCAGCUGAACGUGGCGGCGUGUCAGCAUGGCAUGGGGGAGUAUGCGCGCGCCAUGGAGUGGGCGGACAAGGUGUUGACAGAGCAGCCCAACCACAGCAAAGCCCUCUACCGGAGAGGCUUGGCGCGCAUGCACUCAGCUGCUUUCGACGAAGCGAGGGCCGACUUCCAACGGAUGGUGAAGGCAGACUCAUCAACACAGGCUGAUGCCGCUGCUGCUCUGGCCAAGCUAAAGAAGAUGGAAGAGGAGGCGGAGUCUCGGCAGCGCAGGGAGCUGGGAGGCUUGUUUGACCGCAAGCCAGGCAGCCUCACUGCAGGUGAAUCCCCUGCUGCUGCUGCUGCUGCUGCUGCUGCUCCUGCUGGUGCUGGUGGUGCUGCUGCUGGUGGUACAGGUGCUGCUGGUGUGAGUGCUGGUAGCAGCGGCCCAGCAGCACUCUCUCAGGCUACCUGCAAGGCUGUGAGGAGAGCUGCAAAGAAGGCAGCAGUUAAAAUAGCUGAAGAAACAGGCGCUUCCAUUGACAGUGACAAUAGGAGAAGUGACAACGAGGAAGGGGAUGAAAAUGGUGACAGUGUCGAAGGGAAGGGGGGGAAGAGAGAUGAUGACAAGGAGUCGGAGUUGAUUGGGGCAUUCAACCCUGUGAAAAGGUCUGCCCUGCUUACAUAUGGGCCAGCUGCAGUCCUCGUGCUGCUCCUGCUUGCAUUUGGGUUGCUUAUGCUGAAGGAUGUGAAUCAAAUGAGGGGGGUCGUAAAGCCGGUGGCCGUGCUGUUUGACCCUAAGGGAGUGGAUGACGACAUGGAUGAUUUCAUGGAUGAUGAGCUUUAGAGAGAUUGUUCAUUAAGCUAUUAAAACAAUCCACCAAUAAGUGUUUACUUGUUGA